UGAAGCCAUGGGAGCAGGUGGCGGAUGGUCUCAUGGGCAGCCGGUGCAGAUCUAUUUCAGCAAAAUCUUAUUGAUACAUUUAGAUUAACUUCUAAACAAUAUAACAUCUACUCAUGAGCAAUGCUUCUGCUGGGGAGACAACAGGGCAGCUUCAGACAGAAACUUCUUUUGCGCCUAACAUAAACCUCUGGCUUUCUGCCAGCUAAUGUGCUUUCCUUUCUACACAGAAAGUGACCUAAUACAGAUCGGAAACUGCUCAGGAAUAUAAAAGCUGAAUGUGCACAGUCACACAGAAAAACAUAAAUGAAUUUCCCGAAGGGCAGAACACCUGUAAAACCCUCAACCCAGUUGGAGGAAGACUCCUGAUGCUCUGGUGUUAUUUUAUUCCAAGUUCUGAUUUAUGUCAAAUCUAAUGAUGCAUGAAGUUCAGCUGAUGGUCAAUUUGACACCCUGCAGUCUGUGUAGGCAACUCUCACCUCCGCUAUGCACAGACACAAUGCCACUCCUCACCCUGUCCCAGGACCUGCGAGGGAAGCACUGAUCUUCUUCUGUUCUAUCUCCCCAGGUAUCCCACACCUCCCAGAGCAGUAAGAGGAUUUCCAACAUGUUGCGGGAGUGUGCAGCCCAGCUCGAGGAAGGUGAAGAAUUGGAUCGGCACUCCAACCUGGGAGAUAGUGACACCUACACUCCAGUAACCGAAGCAGACAAGAUUUCCGUGGCGCUGCGCUCCAACCCGCUGGCCAGCGGAGGGAGGCGGAGGGCAGCCGAGCUGAAGAUAAAGCGGGCGCUGCCGGCAGGCGGUGGCCAAGACUGGGCACAGACCUGGGAUUUCUUCCGGAGGCUGAACGAGCGCUGCGUGGAGUGCAGCCUGUGCCGCAAGCAGCUCUGUUACCACAACAGCACAGCCAGCCUGAGGGAGCACCUGCGGCGCAAGCACCACCUCGGCGAUGCCGAGGGGCGCCCCUUCCCUGACGAAGGCUCAUCGUCCUCUGAGUCCAUGGGGCAGGAGCCCGAGCUGAAGAAGAUGGCAGUUCACGGCUCGGAGAUGGCGGCCGAGAAGCGGGAGGAGGCGAUCGACAACCUGAUCGCUGGGAUGGUGUUCCGGGACCUGCAGCCGCUCUCCCUGGUCGCCGACGAGGGCUUCAGGCGGCUGCUGGGCUUCCUGGAGCCCAGCUACCGGCUGCCGUCGGGGGCCCAGCUGGCCGCUCACCUCCGUCACAGGUACACGCUCUGCAAGCUACGGCUGGCCCACCAGCUCCGCUCCAUGCCCUGGCUGGCGCUUUCCACGCACAGCUGGAGCACCCCGGCCAGGCGGGCCUACCUGACCGUGUGGGUGCACUUCAUCGACGGCCGCUGGAAGCCGGCUCGCUGCGUGCUGAGCACGGGGCCCACGGCCACCGGCAGCCGCGAAUUGCUGCGCUCGGCCCUGGGUGACCUGGGCGUGCCGUGGCAGGCGGUCAGCUGCGUGGUGCGUGACGGCGGCGGGGCCGCGGACCGGCUGGCCGACAGCUGCCCGCAGCUCUCCUGCGCCGCCCGCACGCUGCAGCAGUGCAUCAAGCAGGGACUACGGACCGAGGCGGUGCAGGACGCCCUGCUCAGGGCCCGCCGCCUCGUCGCCCACUUCCAGCAAGACCACCGGGCCGCUGCCCAGCUCGAUGACCGGCUGGCCGAGGGCAGCGGCCCGACCCAGCUGCUGCUGGACACUCCAUGCCACUGGGACACCACCUUCGACAUGUGCCAGCGGCUGCUGGACACACACUGGGCAGUCAGGGAGGUUCUGCAGCAAGAGGAGGAGUGGGAGGCCGGGGAGCCGACCGUGCCCAACCUCUCCGAUGCCCAGUGGGAGCUCCUGCGUAACAUGCUGCCCAUCCUGAAGCCCCUCAAGGUGGCCCUGUCCUUCCUCGGCGAACAGCAGAACGCCUCCGUCUCCUCACUGCUGCCUUGCCUGCACGGGGUGCUGGCCGCCCUUGGGCAGCAGGCGGUCGAGGCUGGCUCCCCGUGUGGCACCGUCAUCGCCCGGAUCCGCUCCGAGAUCAGCCAGCGCUGGCGCCUGCAGCGCGACGAGGAUCUGCCGGACAACCCCGCCGUCCUCGCCUCCUUCCUGGACCCCCGCUUCAAAGACCUGCGCUUCCUGAGCGCCCGGACCCGGGAGCAGGUGCAGCGCAGGGUGAAGGAGCUGCUCUCUGCCGCGCUCCCGGAGCCACACUCACCCAGCACCUCCUCGGAGGGCGAGCGGGCCUCGGCCGAGCCCAAGCCCAGCGAGUACGACCUCCUGUUCGGCGAGGACCCGGUGGACCGCCUUCCGGAGCUCCACCAGCAGAUGGAGAGCUACCUGGCCGAGCCGCUCCGUAAGCGCCACACGGACCCGUUCCAGUGGUGGCGGGACAACGCGCACCGCUUCCCCGCCCUCGCCGGCCUGGCCCGUCGCUACCUGGCCGUGCCUGCCACUGCCAUACCCGUCGGCCGGCCGUUCCUCGCCUCCAGCCGGCUGCCGGACGACACCGGGGCGGCACUGUCCCCCGACGACAUCAACCGGAUUAUCUUCCUGCACCAGAACUUCGAUUACAUCGAGUCGCUGAAGUGAUGGGGCCAGCCCUGCCUUUACCCCACUCCCUCCUGCCCCGUGGACGUCUCCCGGAGAGGGAGGCAGCAGGGAGCCAGGCUCACAGAGUCUGCACCAGCUGGCGCACUGUGCCCAAAAUCCACCCACAACCCUGCAUGUUGUUGGGAUGUGGGGGGAAGCCAGAACUCGUGGGGACCCCGCACUCCAGCCCCCAGGGAGAACGCGUACGCUCCACAUUGAAUCCCGGGCUCUGGCGCCAUGUGGCAGCGCUCUCCCCGUUGUACCAUUGUGUUCCCCCAAUUUGUGGUCAUUUGUUGGGUUCGGGAGGAGGAGGAGAGAUCCUGAGGGACUGGGGCAGUGACCGAGGGUCCCAGAAUGGCUGGUUAUUCGUCAAGGGUCCCUGCUGAGUGGGGCAGUGACUGAGUGUCCAGGAACGGCUGGCCAAUGACCGAAGAUUCCUGCGCAGCGGAACAGCGACUGAAGGCCCCUGAAAGGCUGGCCUGGAGAAGGGGGAUCUCGGGGCAAAGAAGAUCCCAAGGAAGAGGCAGAGGAGGUGGUAUUCCAGCAGAGAGAAUGGGUGUGGAAUCCUGCAGAGAAUGGGGCAGUGGGAAGGCAUGAGGGGAGCUGACAUGUUGGAGUGGAGGGUGGAGCCUGUCCCAUUUUGAGCUCCCAGAAACCUGGAGGAAUUCAGUCUGUCAGGUGGACAGUUGAGUCUCCAGGCCGAGACCUUUUCUCAGGUAGCGGGGAGGGGGUGGGGAGAGGGUGAGCGAGUGGUCAGUGUUAACAGGGGAGAGGGUGAUAGGCAGAUAGAACGGAAGGGGGCGGGGUUGUGAUGAUAGGCAGGGAGAAAGCAGCUUCACCUGAAACACUGAGGAGCAAGUGAACUCCUGCAUAUCACCACCAUCACAGGACUUGCUGAAUCCAGUCUGUGUUCAGGGCCAUAUCAUCAGCUUAAGGUAAUGGCGAUUAAGGUGCCCUGGGGAACUUUUACCAACUCUGGAGAGUGAAGGUGAGGGCCUCCCCUGGCAGGGUGGCAUUCCCUCAGGGCUGGCUGGGGCCAUAGGUGAUGCCAGGCUGCUGGAAUGAAGCUCAAAUCUGCAAACCACUGACUCAGAGCGACACACUGGCUUAAACCUUGGUCGUUGACGCAGAAAACCAUGUUGUUGCAAAAUAAGAUGCCCUUCGUUGUGAACGUCCUUGCAUUAAUCUCAAGAGAGAAGCUGCAUUUCUACAGCACUGGGGUCACCUGUUGGUGUCUCGCUGUGCCUGGCAACUAGUGAGGUCGCUUUCGUGGUGUCGUGUGCUAUUGUGAUCGAGCCAAGGUGUACACAACAAGAUCCCGCUGGCUGCAGUGAGCUCGACCCAGGUGCUUGAGCUUGCGGCAGGCAAUCCGCUAGGGGAAUCCAAGUUCCAACAGCGGACGGAGUCUUGCUCCAGAUUCCAGUAUCUGAUUACAGUCUUCCCAACCACCAUUUUCUCUCAGUCACCUUAUGUACAGACAUUCCCGUGCCUAGUGUCACUUUAUGGGCAUACAAUCAGUCUAUGUAAAUAAGCUAUCUUAUAUACUUAUAUUUAUUGUGUUUUUUUUAUUGUGUUAUUGUGUUUUUUUGUGCUGCAUCGGAUCUGGAGUAACAAUUAUUUUGUUCUCCUUUACACUUGUGUGCUGGAAAUGAUAUUAAACAAUCUGGAAUUUAUUUGACCUUGCGUAAUGUCACACUCUGAGAGGUGAUUUUCAGACUCAGUCCGAGGUCUCCCCACGCCUGGAGAUCCACUCAGGUUUACCUGUAAAGACGGGUGUCGUGGUCAGCUGGAUGUCCUUCAACAGCUGGAGCUGAGGUCAUUUAAAGAUUUUUGAGAUGUCCCAAGGCAUUUGUAGCUAAUGAGGCGGAAUUGAAGUUGGAUCUGAAAAAUGUGGAUUAGGGUCACAGCACCAGAGUGCAGGAAAGGGGCCUUUGGCCCAUCUAGCCUGUGCCAAACCGUCAUUCUGCUUACAGGACUGUAGAACUCAGAAGGGGGUUAUUCAGCUCAUUGUCUCGGUUCUGGUCAGAAACAAGGUACCCAGCCUAAUCCCACCUCCCAGCAUUGGGACUGAAUGCCGGCAGAUCACAGCUAUACAAGCCCACAUCCAGGUACAGUGAUUCAAGAUUCAAGCCUCUCUCGAUAAGAAAAUAGGUAGGAGAGUAGGUCCUGCCAAUUUCUCUGGCUUCCUGGGGACAUCCUCAUAAAUCUUUGUGCCCUUUCCAUCUCUUCUGUAACUACAACAGAAGCAUCUGUACACAGUAGUCAGGUUGGGAUCUAACAAGGGUUGUACAUCUGCUAAUGGCGAAGCAAAGAGGUAUGCAGUUCAAAGAUCCAUCAAUCUUGCUCAAGUCCAUCGGCCCCACUGGGGCAGAAGCUGCCAAAAGCAGCUCGCCAGAGUCCCCUGUCUCACGCCAGUCUCUCAGACUGUCCCCAGGUGUAGCUGAUCUUUGAAGGUCCUUCCUCUCAGAGCUUUUGUAACUGUGGCUUCUUAUGGGAUGAUUCCUUGCAACCGGGCUUGGAAUCGUCCCUGGGAAAGAUCGGCCAUAGU